CCAAAAACACGUGAAACCCCCCGGUGGGUGUUUAUUUCAUCCAUUAUUCUCCAAUAGCAACAGUUGCUAUGGUUGUUGAAAAAAGUAGUUAUAACUCACGAUAUAUACCUACCCGUUUGUUUUCAAGAAGGUGUCGCCAUUUCCAGUUGAAAAAUGGACGAAAACGAGCACAAAAAUCUAGUGGACAGUUUCUGCAGCAACGUUCAAAGCCCCGAAAGAAUGGUACGCCAACGGGCCCUAAAAGAGUUUCUGGAUUUCGCUCGUCAGAAGCUCACUGCAGCACAGGCGCCAGAAAUCUUCGACAGCACGUAUUUACACAUUCUACGAUGCUACGCUGAUCGGUUCGAAAUGAUUCGAAAUUUGGCCAUCACCCUGAUAGGACAGCUGUUGGAUAAACUACCCGCGAACGAUUUCUAUUUAGGCUAUAUCGUCCCAGUUAUUACUCGCCGGAUUGGCCAAUCGGAAAUAAACGAGGAAAGUGAAGAAAUCCGUCUACAACUAGUGGAACAGCUGAAUAGUAUCGUUCGGAAGUACGCCGAUCCGAAAGGAUCUCGAGGAGAUCCACUGCUAAAGUCUUACGAUAAUAUAAUUGAUAUUCUGGUGAAGACAUUAAAAGAUCCUUACCCGGCAGUGCAGAAACAAAGCUGUGAAUUGGUAAAGUUGUUGGCGGAGUCCACACCAAGUAUGCACUACCGUGCCGAAGCUUUAGUGAGUCCUGCUACAUCCAUAUUGAAGCAUCGCCAUUCGGCCAACAGAAUUGCUGCAAUCGAAGCGCUGGGCAUGUUGUCACUUCAUAUUAGCUCGAACUCGGAUUGCGUGAUGAAAAUAAUUGUCGAUAUUUCACCUCUUCUUAUGGACAGCGUACCCUUUGUUCGGAUGACCUGCGGCAGGGUUGGAUGCAUGAUGCUGUUAAAACUGAGAGAUCGAUAUUCUUUGUUUCCCCGGAUACUACCGCUGGUUUUGAAUUGCCUGACCGAUGAGACACCCGUGGUUAACGAGGACAUCCUUCCGCGGUGGAAAGAAGCCGGUGAGCUGUACUACACAGAAAAUGAGACGGAGCUUUCGAAAUUGAAACUGAUUGACAAAACUCCAGCAAACUACCCGGAAGAAUACGAAAGACCUACGCUCCCCUGCAGGGCAAUAGUUCAACGCAGUCUAAGAAUAGUCAAUUUAAUUCUUCACGAAAUGGAAGAGUGGACAGAGGGUAUCAGGUUACAUUCUACCAAACUUCUAAAGUUGGUAAUUCUCCACUCCGAGAAGGCCUUCUCGACACAUUUUCUGGAAGUGAAUCCUGUUCUUUGCAAAACCUGCAUGGACGCUGAUAUGCAGGUGGUGAAUGAAGCUUUAAAAGCAGCUCGACUGUGUGGUAUUUUAUUAGAAUACAAUACUUGGAGUAAACAUGCACUAGUCGAAUUCAAAAAAUUCCCAACCUUGGGGCAUUUAAGAUGUCUUAAGACUAUGUAUCAAUCUGCUGGCUUAGAUAAGUUCAAAGACUUGGUGAAAAUCGCGUCUCUUCUAACGGACACCGAAGUUUGUCACAAUCUGAAGCAGAACUACCAGUUGGAACUGCUAGAGUUUUGUAAUGUACUUGUCACCGAUUAUCACCGAGUGUUUAGCGCAAACGAAAUCGACGGUCUCGGAAAUGAAACCGAUAAGCUCAAGGUGGAAAAAAUGCUCUAUACAAUAGUACUGAAAGUAGCAGCUUUCUGCUACGAAGAUGUCGGUCCAGUUCGAGACCGAGCUCUAGAAGUUCUGUUCAAGCUUGAUUCCGAAAUUGCACAUAUUCACGAGCGUCAUCUGGCAGACGUUUGUGGUUCUUUGGAGAAUUUGGAAUCAUCCAAUUCGGAUUCAGCGGACAGCAUCGUGCUACUGGCGGGGUUGGUGUUUAUGUGUGGUUUUAGGAAGUCCUAUCACGAAAUACUCAAGACGGUACUCGAAACUGCACUGAAGCACGCGAUUCCUCAGGGAAAAAUCAAACUUUUCAGUUCGAUAUCUAUCGCAUUGCUCCAGUGGAGGGAAACAAUGUUGAUUCCGGCAGCGGAGCAGAUUAUGCUAUUACGAGAUUUUAUCGAAGAUAUAAUUGCCCCGAACAUGGUAUGGGCUGCAGGUAGAAGUGCUGAGUCAGUUCGCUCGAUGGCUACAGCUUGCUUCUGUUCGAUGUCACAGGGAGUUGAAAAUGCUGUUUUUAUAACCUUACUUCCUGAGCGACUCAAGCUCCUGGUCGGUUUAAUCGAAGACAAUAGUAUCGCGACACGGGCCUACGCGCUUAGGACCCUGCUGGCGAUGGGUCCGCUAGAUUUCGAAAGCCUGAAAUUAAUUGCAUUCCCUAUCGUCACUCGUUUGGACGAUCCGAGCAUGGAGGUUCGCGAAGUGGCGGCCAGAUGUUUGGGUUGCUUACAACUGGAGGCGGAUGGCACUAGCGAAACUGAACACACGCACUGGGAGGAAACGCUCAAACCAAUUCUAACGAUCAUGUUUCUGCACUUGGAAAAUCCGGAACUGAAACUGCGGAAGGUGAUUAUAGAUUCCAUCGCACGUCUGGUCGUUCAUCAUCGCGCGCUAAUCAAAGGCCUGGUUAAUGAAGUUGCUCCGGGAUGCCCAUACAAGAUGGAUCUGGAUGAAAUCCUUGCUCGUUCAUAAACACUGCGCUGUCUGUCUCUCUCCCUCUAUAUUGCCUCAAAUAGCAGAGCAUCAUCUCCAUCAUCCUCAUCAUCAACAGCAGCAUCACCGUGUACCGGUCGAAUACAAAGUGGCGACCAACAACCAUCAGGAUAAUUGAUUCAAAUCGUGUUCGAGUCGUUCGUAAUCUUCAGCAUUGCCACUGUUUCGUUGGAGCUAGGUGUAAAGGGAUUCCAGAGCUUUUUUGUCGCGUUCUGUUCUUUUUGCGCGUUCUGUUCUAUUGAUUAUGAAGCCGGCGCAUCAAAGAUUCGAAUUGGUGCGUGGCAUGGGAAAUUGGUCUGCGUUUUGUAGAGAUUUCCAAAGGAUUUUUUCACAGUUAGCUUUUUACUGCUCAUCAGAGGCAUAGCGGCCGAAAUCGAGUUGCAAUUGAUGCUACGCCACAUCCUUUUACUCGUAAUUGCAAUUAUGAAUUUUCUUUCUUCUAUCUAUCGUGCUAGGGAAUCGAAACGCGGAAGUUAUCCAUUCAAUCCUGUCCCAGUCGCAUCUGAUGAAUUCCGAUCCCAUUUUCGUUCUGAGCACAUUCUAGCUGUGUCAGUAAUGCAUCAAUAAAUAAAAUUUAUUAUUGGUUCAUCUUCAAUUUAUCCAUCUGAGUGGGUUUUUUUUCGCGUUCUUCACGCUAUCGAUUCUAUUUACCCUUGAUCAAUCAAUUUUUUCUUAUGGAUUGUGAAAGCUCGAUUAAAUACUUUAUCCCUAUUUCGGUGAUGUCGCAUAAUUUUAUACUCUUUGUGUGUUAUUUUUUAUCUUUUCACACAAUGUCCUGUUCAUUGAAGGAAAAAGCCAAAAAGCUUUUAGCAAUUUUUUGCCCCCAGAUCGUUCCUUUGUGAUGUGAUGAAAUUGUGUUUUGUGGGGCAGGCAAUGCGCGAAAGAAUAGAAGUGAUUUUUGCAUCUGGUAUUUACUGUCACUUUGCACCUUGUUUCUCCUUACCAAUGGGAAAUGUUGUAUGUAAUUUAGUUAUCUAUGAUGCUUUGUGCGUUUUAACCUAAUGGAACGACGUUCGUGCCGACGAAGGCCAAAGUUGGCGUGGAAAUCGACUGCGAUUGGCGGUGGCGACGGCUGCGAGGAUAGUUUAGACGUACCGGAUUGAUGUGAGAAGUAUUUGAACCUACUGCUUUGUAAUAAAACUGAACUGAAUUGAA